ACCACAGAUCAACAACUCUAUCUUGCCUGUUCGCCCCAGCCGUCGAAAAGCGAGAAGCAGCUCAUCCUACGACUUGGGACACGUGCUCGGCAUUGGCUACAAUCUUCUCAGUGAGGUCUUCGACGGCGUCGCUUUCAGAAUGGACAAGGACAAAGCAGAGACUGAGGCCGUGAAGUCUUCUGUGCUUCAUCAUGUACACGAGCCAAAUCCGAUGGCACCUGCGGUGCCCCCUCCCCAGCCAGGAAUAUACCAGCAAGGUAACCGCCAGCUUGUCUUGCUCCCCAAAGUUCCUACAGGACAUGGACCGCCGCCGAUGAUGCACCAAGGCCACUUCGGAUACCCACAGCAGCCGUUCAUGUAUGGUGGCCAGCCACAGAUGGUGUCCAUGAUGGGGAAUACGGGAUUCGGCGGCUUCAAUUCACAGUAUGACAAACCUGCUCCGGCUACUGCGCCUGUGGCUACGCCAACUUCGAUCACCGUUACGCGGCACUUGUGCGCAAAUUGCGGGAACUUGAGAUCGAGGAAGUAUCAGGCCGCACACCCGCUCCAGGCGGGCGAUACAGCGCCGGUGUCGUUCUGCAGGAAGUGUGAAAAGGAGUUUAGAUCGACUGAUUCAGAGAUCGAGAUAGAACUUCCACUGAAGAAAAGUAGGAGGCACUACAGAAAGGUGCAGAGGGAGAAGCAUAUCAAAAAAGUGGUUUAUGAGAAGGAUCUGUUUCCGGCGACCCAUAUUUGCGCCCAGUGCGGCAAUCCCAGAUCAAGAAAGUACCAGGCGACGCAUCCGAUCAAUGCUGGAGAAACCCCUCCUGUGUCGUAUUGUGGAAAGUGCCAGAAGCAGGUGACGUCGAGCGAGGAUAGUGCUGGAAGCGAAGGAGAGACGGUGACAUAUGUGACCAAGGGAAGAAAUACGCAUGAGACAGACCGAAAAUAUUAUCGAGACCGAAGGCUAAAGAAUAUCUCAAAGAGCACCAAUCAACGCCAUUACCUCGAUCUAGAUGGUGAAUCUGGCAGCACUGCAUCCAAGAAGGUUCGCGCAAGCACGCCCGUGGAGGAAUGUAUCGUCGUCACCGAGAGGUCAAGCGACCAACGACAGAAAGGGCGCCAAAGCCAGCGUCAUUUCAAAGGAGAUGGCGAUGAACUGCAACAAUCCCCUCUAGCGGCUAUUAGAAAACCAAUCAGGCGUAGGUCUAGCGAGUUGUUGCCAGCAGCUGUGCGGAGAACUGGAAGUUCUUCCCGGCGGAGGACUCGUCGUGGUAAAGCUCAACCACUUUCGGAACACUAUGAAUACGAUAGCCAGGAAUCUUCAGAUUUGGAGGGACUCGCCGAGAAAGCGUAUAGGGAUUAUCUCAGCGACGGCGCACCUCUUCACGAGAGAGAUCUCUCACUAGGGCCCUCGAAACGAAGAUCGCCACAGGCACAGGUCCAUAGACGAAGAGUGUCAGCGCAAGCUUUGGAGGGUUAUCUUUCCGAGGAUUCCCUGGCCAGAUUCCGUGAAGCCGCCUCAACCAGACGGAAGGAGCGGGAAAGUUUGCCACCACAAAAUGUUCGCAGUGCCCAUCCUGGGAUUCAAAAAGAGUUGAAGAACCUCAAAGACGAUGAGAUGCUUGUUGUCACCGAGCGCUACGUCUACCGGCCACUGAAAUCUACAUCAGCCGUUGGUGAGUUGAGAGACGAACGGGCGGACCGAGGCAGAAAACCACAUCGAGCUCCACAGAGGCUCAUCAGCCAGAAUGAUGCUGCGGAGUAUUUUCCCGAAGAAUGGAGUCGGACUAGAAGCCGUACCGGUCGACACACUAGGUAUCAGCGAAUUCGACCACGCGACCUGGACGGUGCAGCUCUGCCGAGCGGACCAGGGAGCUCUGAAGCAAGCAUCGACCAGCUGAGUUACCAUCAAGACACAAAUAUUCGACCACUCCUCCCACCAGCACCAACACCUCCGAGCGUCUCGACGGCAACCACUGGAAGCGUGGAUACAUACAGUUACUCCUCACGCGAUACGACAGAGUACACUCCCUCUAACUAGCCACGUGUCUAUCGCCCUUCUCGUCUCCCGGGCGAGUACCAACCUAGUUCUGACUCCGGUUCAUCGCUGCAUGCCGCGUCGCCUCCUGUUGCCUCGCCACGGGCUUCGAGACAACAACGCUGGCCUACCCGCACGAGCCGCGAAUCGCGCAGAUACCGCUCGCCAUACGUGCGGGAUACAAAUAGUGGAGGAAGUGAAGGGGCAAGGGUCUCGUCGCGUAGCCGGUCAAGGGAGAGGGUGGUGUUUUACUCCGAGGGAGAGGAGGAGCCAAGCGAUUUAACGGCGAAUGAUUAGAUUGACAAGCGGAGGGUGGCGUUUGGGCAGAAUCAGGUGAGGACGAUUAGUAGAGAGUCAUUGGCGGCGGAGGGGAGGCGAGAGAGAGAGAGAGG